CUUUCUCUCCUGACACCCACACCUUAUUCACAUUUUCUUUCCCUCUCUCUAGAGACCUUUUUUACUAGUACCUCUUUCAAGAAAAAAAAUUGAAAGAGGCGAGCUAUGGCAAUGGCAACCAACAUUCUCUUCCUCUUCUCUCUCUUCUUUAUUCCAACUAUCAUUUCCUCCUCCCCACAUCAAGACCCUGAUUUAGUAGUCCAUGAAGUACACAGGAAUAUUAAUGCUUCGAGGAGGAACUUGGGAUUUUUGUCCUGCGGAACCGGCAACCCGAUUGACGACUGCUGGCGGUGCGACCCGAACUGGGAGAAGAACCGGCAGCGUCUCGCAGAUUGCGCCAUUGGAUUCGGGAAAAAUGCGGUCGGCGGAAAAGACGGUAAAAUUUACGUGGUUACGGAUUCCGGUGAUGACGAUCCGGUGACGCCUAAGCCGGGAACUCUGAGGCACGCGGUGAUUCAAGACGAGCCAUUAUGGAUAAUUUUCGAGCGUGACAUGGUUAUAAAGCUAAAGGAAGAGUUGAUUAUGAAUUCUUUUAAAACGAUCGAUGGGAGGGGAGCUAGUGUGCACAUUGCGGGUGGCCCAUGCAUAACAAUACAAUACGUGACAAAUAUUAUUAUUCACGGAAUCAAUAUUCACGACUGUAAACAAGGGGGCAACGCUAUGGUGCGGAGCUCCCCACGGCACUUCGGGUGGAGAACGAUAUCGGACGGCGACGGCGUGUCGAUAUUCGGUGGGAGCCACGUGUGGGUCGAUCACUGCUCCUUGUCGAAUUGCGAGGAUGGGCUGAUUGAUGCUAUAAUGGGGUCCACGGCUAUAACGAUAUCGAACAAUUACAUGACGCAUCAUGAUAAGGUGAUGCUGCUGGGACACAGUGAUUCUUAUAGUCAAGAUAAGAACAUGCAAGUUACUAUAGCUUUUAAUCACUUUGGAGAAGGGCUGGUGCAAAGAAUGCCUAGAUGUAGACAUGGAUAUUUCCACGUGGUGAACAAUGACUACACCCAUUGGGAAAUGUACGCCAUUGGUGGCAGCGCAGCGCCCACCAUCAACAGCCAAGGGAAUAGAUUUCUUGCCCCUGACAGAAGAUUUAGCAAAGAGGUGACGAAGCACGAGGAUGCACCGGAGAGCGAAUGGAGACACUGGAACUGGAGGUCAGAAGGGGAUUUGAUGUUGAAUGGUGCAUUUUUUAAGCCAUCGGGUGCGGGGGCUUCGUCGAGUUACUCCAGAGCUUCGAGCUUAGGAGCAAGGCCAUCGAGUCUAGUUGGUCAGCUGACCACAGCGUCAGGCUCACUAAACUGCAAGAAGGGUUCAAGAUGCUAAUUAAUCAAGGAGUUUACCAACUAAAAAGACUUCUAUAUGCUUAUUAAUAUAUUGAAGUCUGUGUUACUAUUUCAAGUUUGAUUUGCUUGCCUAUACCUAAACAUAGUUUGUUUAACUGGAGAGUGAGAAGAUUAGCAGAGCACAACUAGUCCAAGUUCUACUUCUUGGAUUAUAUUUACUUUAUGUGCCUCUUGUUUCCCUCCAAUUUGCUUUUUAUUUUAGUUUUUUUUAAAAAUUUUAUUACUAAUACAUCUUUGGUUUGUAAAGCCUGAUACAAUGUAAACUUUGUGGUAUUUUGUUGUAGGUUUGUGGUUCUUGUUAACCUAUAUGAAUGAAGUUUCUGAGUUUUUGUCA